CUGAUGACGUCACGCAUUCCUGGAGGAGAGUGGCGGCGGCGGGCUGGACGGCAGCUCUCUGUUUACUGUAUUCCAACAACGGGGACGGCAGCUCUGUUUACUGUAUUCAAACAACGGGGACGGCAGCUCUGUUUACUGUAUUCCAACAGCGGGGACGGCAGCUCUGUUUACUGUAUUCCAACAGUGGGGACGGCAGCUCUGUUUACUGUAUUCCAACAGCGGGCACGGCAGCUCUGUUUACUGUAUUUCAACAACGGCGGCGGACUGGACGGCAGCUCGGUUUAUUCCAAGAGCGGCGGCAGCAGCAGCACACAAGGGAAGGCAAAACCGAAGCGUCUAUGUACUUAGAACUUGUGGUAUUAUACGGUUGAUAAGCAACUAAAUCCCUCGGGGCUGGUCACGCGCUGGGUGAAGGGGCGUGUAGGAGCGAGAAGUGCGGCCAAGCAUGGUGGUGUCAACCAUGGGAGAGGCCAGGGUGCCAGCCGCUCUCCCACGUAUCCUCAAAGACUACACCAAGGCUGCCAUCCGCACACAGCCCAAAAAUCUUCUAAUUUGGUCUUCUGCUUACUUCAGGAACAUGACCAACGGCACCCCGCCGCCCGUGAAGGACCGGCUCGAGUUCCCCAUCCCAGAGUCCAGCAGCGGCGUGUCCCCAGGCGUGCUGCGCGUCCUUCACAGUCAGUUGAGUGGGGCAGGAAGCGUGAGGUGGGAGGAGGUGCUGGAGGUGUGCGAAGCCAUGGGCGUGGCGGAGGAGACGGCUCAGGAUGCCUGGCACAGGUCAGGAGGCGGUGAUGGUGGUGUCGUGGAGUGGGACCACAUCCUCUCCCACAUUGCUGCUCUCUCCACUCAUUCACUGCUGGAAGCUCUGCAGCUGGUGAUGUUAACUGUGAGUGAGGAUCCAGUAGGCCACAGAGUUCUGUGCAGCACCGUCCUGGAUCAUUACCACCGUCUCCACACACACACCAACAUCACACCCACAGACCAGUAUACUGAGGCUGUCAACUACCUCAACGACAUUGCUAACUACCAAGAAGGAUAUCUCACUCCAAGUGACCUUACACGAUCAUCCUGUCCACCUCUUCAGUAACUCUCGAUAUUGCUUACCAUACUGUGAAAGCAGCAUACCAGUCAAUAUAGGGUGAGGUGAGGAACGUAUCUUAUAUCAUUAAGGUGAUAUAUUGUUAAAAACUUAGAAUGAUUUACGUACUGUACCAGAGCCAGACUUGACUAUGCUGCACAACUUAACUGGACAACCUUAUCUUUCACGCUUCUUGCACCAGUAUAGUUAACAAGGGGAUAACAUUAAUAUUCACACAAUCAUUGACUAUCUCUUCACCUUACGUUAUAGAUUGAGAACACUUAGAAACCCAAUUAAGGCAUACUGUUAAUAGAUGUAUAGUAGUGUUUCUAGUUUAUAAGGGAGUUUCAAGAAGAAACUGCUGGCCACUAAAUGAAGUGAACAAAAAAAAUACAUUACAUAUUAGGCAAUUUAUCUACAAUUGUUUUAAGUUAAAUUUUUCAAAUUGAUAUACAGUACUAGAACUUCUCAAGCAGUAUACCAGCAUUCCAUUAUAUAUUUUGUCUUAAUCUUGAAACAUUGUUUUAACUAAAAAAUACUAUUUGUGUUUAUAAUGAAUAUAUAAUAGUAUUUUCCAAUAUACAUUUUUUUUAUUUUAGAAAAUAACUUUUACCUACAAACAAAAUUGUAUAACUAUAUUAGACCAGAUUUGUUCCAAAAUCAUUAGCUAUUAUCAUAAAUGCUAGAUAUCCAAGGUUAAUGAAUAAAAUGGUUUGGUUAUAGAUAUUUAAUCUUAGUAUAUUGCACCAUCACAACUUUGUUUUGGGUUAACUUGUUACUCAAGUAUCAAAGCACAUUAUUAAUACCUUUACAGAAUCGUCUUUAGCAAAAAAUAUUGUAUACAAGAAUUACCUUAAAAUAUUGGUUAUUCAAGUGAUCUCCAAUGCUAAAACUUUAUAUCACAUCAAAUUUACAGAUCUGAUAUAAGCAGCAGAAUAUAAUUUUCAAUAC